GUGUCUUUACUUUAUUGCUCUCUUCCGCCGCCCCUCCCCCAUACAUGAAGCGCCGUAUUGCCGUCGCUAAGCACGCGUGGGAUCCCCUGGCUUGCGGCAUGGACAAGCAAUAACCGCAUAGCCCAUCACCCUGCCGCCGCCCUGACACCAUGGGCAAUGCUCAGUCCGCCGAGGCGCCCAGGAGGACUUCCCAGAGGCUGUCGAAGCCGAAGACGGGCAAUCAUGCGACAUCCGGCCUCCUAAGCCCCGGUGCUUUCUCGAGUAACUCCCGCCAAGUUUCCAAUGCCCGCCUGCCCAAUCCUCCCGCACCGUCCUCGACAAUUGCCUCGACACCGACAACGUCGUCUGCCGGCGAGGUGCCGGGUGGUUUUGUCCGGCAUAUGGACAGUGGCACGCCGCUCCAUUCAGCGCCAACUCCGCCGAAAGAAUCGAAGCGCAGGAGCUUGUUUCGCUCCAGGUCGACGCGGGCUGCUGGUUCCGCUCAGCCGAGCCUGACCGGCGGGUUGGGUUCGCGAAUGGCGGACAGGAUGUCCAGGGCUAGCUCAAUGACCAGGGCUAGUUCAAUGACAUACGAGUCUGCGGUGGCGUACUAUGGACAGACAGAUCCUGCUGAGGGCCAGCUACCGCGAUCUGAAUCUCACAAGUCCUGGAAUUACGAUUUGACCUCGUACGAAGCGAAACGCCUGCUCAAUCUAGCGGAGGAACCGCAGCUUGAGCACGCCGCGACUAUGUCGGAGAAUAGGGUGCCACCGGUCACGGAAACCACAUGGAAGAGCUCAAACCCGGCCCACCCUCCCAGCGCGCCAAUCACCCGCACAAACUCGGACGUCUCGUUGUACAUGCCGGUUCGGAGACGGUCAACCAUUCGGACCCCCGGCGUAGCCACUCGGUCGAAUUCAGUCCGUGACAUUCCGCCCCCGCCGCGACCGGCCCGCCAUAGCCUCCCCCCAACGCCUAAUUUGUCCCGGAAGCAGUCAGUGGAGUCGUACAGGAGCGGGAUCAUGUCGAUGCCGCCGCCCAUUCUCGAUUCGGAUUCCGCCACGCGAGCGGCAACGCCAUGUGAAGACAAAUACCUGUCCAUUGGGGCUUUUAAGCUCGGUUCGCUCCGCAUCACGAAUGGCUCCCCAAGUCCAGUAACCCCGGACAUCGACAAGGCUCGUGAUAACGGCGGAUGGGGUGCAGGCCAUGUCAUAGCACGGGAUGACUGCAUUGCGAGGGCACAGGACAGCGAGGCCAGCUUCACCACCGCUGUUGAGACACAGAAAUCUGCACAGUCUCCUAAGUUUCUCGCCGAAAUCAGCCAGAGCCCGUCCUCAUCGCCAAUCCAACUACAGCUGACAAGCCCAGCACUCCAGACGACCUCCAAAAUGACCGCCCAGGAGGCUCACCUUUUUGAUCACGAGUCAUCUCCAGAGUAUUCUUCGGUUGAGGUUUUGGACGUUCGCCUGGACCCCAGCGCGAAACCACCGCACGCCCAGUCCGAACGGGUUACAUGCGCUAGCAUGACAAGGAAUGACAGUGGUUUUGUUUCCACGGCAAGCCCGGCGUCUGAGGCUUCCCACAAGCUCUUAGCAAAGGCAGAUUCCGGAUACAGCUCAAACGUAUCGCUACGCUCGCUCCAAACCAAACCUCGAGGUUCUGAGAAUCGACCGAAUCCCGCCACCCCGGGGAAACCGCUAUCGCCAUCAUCGAAUUCAAGGGGCGAGCCGAUGGGCUCGGGAAGCCAAAGCCCAUUACACCGAACCAAUGCGCACUCUCCAACAACGCCUGAAAGAGACUCACCGCCGCCCGUCCCUCCCAAAGAUGCCGCUCGUUAUUCCUCGGUUCCCCAGCCAAGACUAAACACCACACCGAGGAACAACGUCUCCGUUUCAGACCCGGCGGAGGAGAGCAGGGCGAACUCAACCAGGACGGCGAGGCAUGCGCUAAGUCCGAUUGCUACCCGUCUAUCUCGAGCCGGGGGGCCGAUGUCACCGGGAUCGGAACUCCGCAGUCCAGAGAGCGCGAAGUCCUCCAUCUCGGACAAAUCAGCAUCUCCGCGCGGCGCCCGGCAGCCCGGCCGCUUGCAGCGGCUAUUGAGCGGAGCUCGUCGCCCCACCGCUGGCUCGCCGACAACCCACGCCACGCAGGGUCUUGAACAAGAUAGCGUUCGACCUUUGCCCCAAGCUGUCCGGUUUCCUUCAGCAGCCAAGAGGCUGGCAUUGAAAUCGCGUUCCAGUCUCGAUACGUUGAAAACGAUUUUCAGUGUCGGAAGCAUCGAGGCCAGCUUCGAGGCUGUCAACACUGUGGAUGGUCUUGAGAGUAGAGAAAGCAUCUGGAAACCAACUUUACGCCCCAUACCCACUUCCAGCACCAGCCCUGUGACACAUAGCACUCCGAGAAAGACGAUAACCCGAAAGCCGGUCCCAGUCCGCCAGGAGUCAACGACAGACAGCGCUCGGGUUGCCAACAACAGCCGCGAGGAUCGCGCCCGUGAUAUUACAUCCCCGGUGGAUGCCGAGGCUCCUACCCUACCCGCGAAAUCAGGUAGAAGGACCUUGAGCCUUACAUACCUAGGGGAGCGAGGGAUGACGCUGGGCCGUCGCGGCUCCGACGUCAACUUGCUUCACUCCACGGCAGACCUUCCUUCUCCCCCGCUUCCUAGCCCAGUCGCUAAGGCAUUGUUGGCCGAGAGGAAUAAUGGAACGCCCCAGUCGACCAGCACAGCGAGACGGCCCCCAUCGCUUCGCGUGCCGCCUAGUCUCAGCCGAAAGAACAGCAUGGAGAGUAUUUACAGUUGCUCCUCGAGCCAACCGGGAGUAGGAAGCGGUUCUGCACACUCGAGAUCGCAGAGCGUAACUUCUAUGGACCCCCGGCGGCUCCAGUCAUUCCGGCAGCACAGUUCUCAGACUUCGCCGUACAGUUCUCCGGUUCGAGAGGCGCAGGCCGACUCUGGCAUGACCGGCUCUCGGACUUUUACCAACCGCGGCAGCCGGCACAACUCAAUCUCGUCGAUUCACAGCGAGGGCGUUUACCGUUCUGUGAACGCCCAUGUGUGGCAGGUCCAAGCGGCACAGCAGACACUCAGACACCGCGCGAGCUUCGACGGUUACGGCUACCAGCAGCGGUUUCCACAAGCCGGACACCCUCCGUCCAUGUCCAACGGCUACACCGCCCCUACCAAGCCGGCAUAUGACCCGCGCAGCCAAGGGCAGCUGGGUGCCGCUGCCACGUGGAGCAGGAGCCAGGUCGACGCCGCUGCCGGGCAGUGGUACCAGAGCGGGCAGACCCCGCCGUACGUGUCCCGGGGUCACUACCGGAACCGCAGCAUGGGGGAUCGGAACGGACCGAAUGCGCCAUACCGCGUGCUCCACAGCUACAACUCUCCCGCCUACCGGCACGCCCCGAUCUGGGGCUGACCGGUCUCAAUUCUUUUUACCGCAAAACGUUUCUUUUGUCAACAUCCAUUCAAAACAUGAUAUCCUGCAUUGGCGGCGUUACUGUCUUUUCAGCUAUACCUCGGUGGUCGUCCUUCGGCACAACCACCUAUCCAUCCUUCUUGACUUUCUUUUCGAACAAGCUCGUGCAGCCGGUCAGCGGCUGGG